CUCAUCGUCGCGUCGCUGCAUCUCUCUCUCUCUCAAUCAUCUUUCUCUGCUGGUUGGAUCGUCGGGUUAAAGAUGAGUUCUGCAGGAUCGAAUAAAGGCGGCAGGGGCAAGCCGAAGGCCUCGAAGUCGGUCUCUAGAUCUCACAAGGCCGGCCUCCAAUUCCCCGUCGGAAGGAUCGCCCGUUUUCUCAAGGCCGGGAAGUACGCCGAGCGUGUCGGUGCCGGUGCUCCUGUCUACCUCUCAGCCGUUCUCGAAUACCUCGCCGCGGAGGUUCUUGAACUCGCGGGGAAUGCCGCGAGGGACAACAAGAAGAAUCGAAUUGUUCCGAGGCACAUACAGCUCGCGGUGAGAAACGAUGAGGAAUUGAGCAGGCUGUUGGGGACCGUAACAAUCGCAAACGGUGGUGUUCUGCCAAACAUUCACCAGAACCUGUUGCCGAAGAAGGCAGGGUCAGGGAAAGGCGACAUUGGCUCUGCUUCGCAAGAGUUCUAGGGUUUUUGUUGCGGUUCGGGGCAUUCACUUGAAGAUUGAUGAUGCUUUCGACCGCCCUGGAGAUGGAAGCCCAGUUUUUGGGACAUUUUUGUUGAAUAUAUGGAAAAUGAAAAUCAGUCGGUUUUCUAUUUCUUGCUUCCAUUCUGUCAGACAAACAAUGAAUUAAAAUUUCACAUUACUGCUCA